AUGGCCAUGUCCCCCGCGGCCGCCCGUGCCGCGCCGCCGCCGUUGCUGCUCCUGCUGCUGGCGGUGGCAGUGGCGCCGCUGCCGGCGGGCGGCGGGCCGCGCUACGAGCCCACCUGGCGGUCGCUGGACACCCGGCCGCUGCCCGCCUGGUUCGACGAGGCGAAGCUGGGCGUCUUCCUCCACUGGGGCGUCUUCUCGGUGCCCAGCUUCGGCAGCGAGUGGUUCUGGUGGUACUGGCAGAAGCAAAAGAGAGAGCCCUAUGUAAAAUUUAUGGAGGCAAAUUAUCCACCUGGGUUUAGUUAUGAAGACUUUGGACCAUUGUUUACAGCAGAAUUCUUUGAUCCCAACCAGUGGGCAGAUAUUCUGAAGGCUUCAGGUGCAAAAUAUGUUGUCUUGACUUCAAAACAUCAUGAAGGCUUCACUUUGUGGGGGUCCAAAUAUUCUUGGAACUGGAAUGCUGUUGAUGUGGGACCAAAACGAGACCUUGUGGAUGAACUAGCAACAGCUAUUAGAAACAGGACUGAUCUGCAUUUUGGGUUAUAUCACUCCUUAUUUGAAUGGUUCAACCCUCUCUUUCUUGAGGAUGCCACAAAUGUAUUCAAAACAAGAAAGUUUCCAACCAGUAAAUCGUUACCAGAACUCUAUGAAAUUGUUACCAAGUACCAACCAGAAAUAAUUUGGUCUGAUGGGAAUGGAAAUGCGCCCGAUACUUACUGGAACAGCACUGGUUUCUUAGCUUGGCUGUAUAAUGACAGUCCAGUUCGAGAUACAGUUGUGACAAAUGACCGCUGGGGAGUUGGUAGCAUCUGUAAACAUGGAGGUUUCUACACUUGUAGUGACCGGUAUAACCCUGGACACCUUUUGCCUCAUAAGUGGGAGAACUGUAUGACUAUUGAUAAGCAGUCGUGGGGCUACAGGAGGGACGCAAAGCUUGAUGAUUACCUCACCAUUGAGGACUUGGUUAAGCAACUUGUAGAAACAGUAUCUUGUGGGGGUAAUCUCUUGAUGAAUGUUGGGCCCACUCAUGAUGGUCGCAUUGCUGUUGUAUUUGAAGAACGCCUGAGGCAGAUGGGUACCUGGCUGAAAGUCAAUGGAGAAGCCAUCUAUGGAACUAAGCCGUGGAGAGCGCAGAACGACACUGUCACACCAGAAGUGUGGUACACCUUCAGUCCUAAAGAAGGCAAAGUCUAUGCAAUUUUCCUUAACUGGCCAAUCUCUGGAACUCUGGCACUUGGUGAACCACAGGCUAAGGUUGGAGAAACAGAGGUGAGGCUGACUGGCCAUGAGGAACUGCUGAAAUGGGCUGCACUGGGAGAAAAGGGAAUGCUGAUAGCUCUACCUCAAUUAAGUCUGAAGCAGUUGCCGUGUCAGUGGGGCUGGGCUUUGCAACUGACUAACAUAAACUAAGCCAUCCACUCAGGUGAUAGCAAACUGUUCCCCCUGCACCUCGUCACUGUUUUCUACCUCUUGCUUGCUUCCUCUGAGAAACAAUCAUUUCAUUUUUAAAUGAAAGAUAAGCUAAUAUUAAAGGAUGGAAUGGAGAGUCUCAUGGAAUCUAAUACUGGACAGUUGAAUCACUGUGUGAAAUUUGCUUCAGCACCUACCUUGACCUCUCAACUCUUCUUUUGAAUGAGUUUAUUGCCAAAUUAUGUGAAGAAAAGAGGUGCUGCUUUUUUAAAGCCAUGAGAAAGAAGAAAACAAACUCAAGCCCAUGUUAAAGCAAAUGUAGCUAUCAAUGAUACAACCUCCUUAAAACAAGAAAUGCGGAUUCAGCAAAAAUGUAUGUUAAAGAACAACUGACGGCUUUGGAAAGUAAGCUUUCCUGUUGCUUGCUAAAAACUGGCAGAUAGUUUCAGAUAAGGAGAGUAAUGCACUUGCAUAGAGAGUUUUGUAAUGGUUGGGAAUUCACCACAAAUACGUAAAUAUGCAUUACUUCUACGUUUCUAAUCAUGAAAAUCAUUAAUUUUAUAAGCUCCUAUCUUUUUUUAUAAUUCUGUCUAUUACUGAGAUUAAGUACAAGAUCUAUAAUCAGACCUCUGAGGGUUUUUUUUAGCUGUUCUUUGUAUAUUUUUCUAAAAUUAAAGUUACUCUUGUUUAGAUCCAUUGUUUUUUAUGCAGUGGACUAUUAAAAUAAAUUUCUUCAGUGAGAAAGUUUUUUUUUUUUUUUUAUAUAAUCAGGAGUUACUAGGGAUCUUCAGCUUUGGCAAAAAGACACCACUUUAAACAGAGGGUGAAUUGCAUCCAACUAGAAAAAGUUCCAAUCCCAUCAUCUAUCUCUGUUAGAAAUGACAGACCUGCAGUGUGAGGUUUGCAAAGGGGGAGUGGUAGGGUAAUAAAAAAGAUAACUUCAUUUCAACAUAAAGAUCAAUGGUUCUUUUUCUUAAUAUAAAUAAAGGGAAAACUAUUACUCUACAAGUUACAUUUACUCCCCUUUCAAACUUUCCUGUACUUUAUUAUUUUCCUAUAUCAAACCUUUAGGUGAUGGGCCAAUGAGGUAUUGCCUUUUCUGCUAUUAAAGUUACUACACACAAACCUUACAUUAAAAUAAUUUAUUACAGUACAGACAACUGGGCUCAAUUAAUACAAAUUAAGAUAAAAUAUUUACAAGUUAUUGUAUACAGCAGUUGCUGUUUGAACAGCAUAAACAGGAGAACUUCUAAAAAUCCACAUUCUCUAAGGCUUAAGCAAUAAGGAUACUACCCCCCAGCAUCUUGAUGAGGAAUGUGCAUCUUUUUGAAUAAUGAGAGAUUCUUUGGAAUAAUGUUCAUAAAGUCAAGGAAAGAGGAGUUUUCCUUUAUAAAAAGAAAAAGCUCUAGGGAAGAAGAGUGUGCUUUCUGCUGUUCUUAAAUAGUUAUUGUUAAAUUCUUUUUUUUCCAAAACUCACUGCAUUGCAGGCAAUUUUUAAAAAAAUAACUAUUGUAACACUGUCAUGAGAUGCCUUUUGGAUGAAAUAAACAUAAAUAAAUUAAGGAAGAGUUUAGCCACUUCUUAAUAGAAAAGUCUCUACAUAUGGAGAUUCUUUCAGUAUUUUUAAAUGGGUGUUUUAAGCAGAAUUCUAUUAGAUAGAACAAAUACAGGCUCACUCCCAACUUUUUCAGUAUAUGUGUUCCCUCUGCUAGUCUACCAUUCCUACACCAUUAUAAAAUUAACCCAGUCUCAUCAGUAGUCACAAGAGAUAUGUUAUAAAUAUGUGAUCUAUUCCUAUUUAUGUGGAGUUCAUUUCUCUAGCUGCUGAGGGGUACUAAAAGCUUCAUACACAUUAGCAGCAAAAUCUUUCACUUGUUCCAUCAUCAACAGGUCCUGGAAGAAAUUGAAAGAAGAAACUGCUUAAGCAACACACCCACCACUUUCUUGUUUUUACUGCAGUAGUACUUAUGCAUCAUAAGAAGAGCACCUGGCACUCCCAAAGAGAUUUAACUCUAAUUUCUUGUAUUAGAAAUGCUUAUGAGCAGAACUGCAAAUAGGCUCCUGUUGACUUUUCUGUGUUUCUGUACAGUUUAGCAAAGAGAAGAGAUUCCGGGGGGGGGAGCGUGGGGAGGAGGAGAAAAGCAUCUUUCUGUAGCGUGCAAAUCUAUAAAAGGUUUAUGGUGUACCAGUUGCUCUUGCUGCCUUUUAAAGGCAAUGAAAUCAAACAUACUGAAGUAUGUUAUUAAACUGAAACUUAUAUUUCAAAAAUUUGGGGUGUUUAAAAUAAGGAAAAUUCUUACCUGCACAAAGUGACUGGGAGUUUCACUGCAUACUGAAUGGAUCUGUCCAUUUAUUAUUGGAAUUAUCUUGGCUAAAGGAAGACUGAUGCUGGAAAGACUACGAGGGAAAUAAAAUGUUGACCUUUACCUGCUUCGAUAUUGAUAAAGCCAUUAAACUUUAUAAUUAUUAUAAAGUAA